UUUGAGCUGUCUUCAUGUCUCUCACUCUUUUCUUUCCCUCCAAAAAAAUAAAAAAAUCAUUCUUUGAGUCUCAGACUCACAAUCUCAGCCUCUACUUCUCCAGCUCUUUCAUACCCAGAAAAUCUCUUAACAAAAUAUCAUAAGAAAACCUUCUUUCUCUCUGUCUCUCUCUCUCUCUCUGACCUCUUCUAGUUCUAAUGGCUAGCAAGUUAGCCUUUACUUUAACUUCACCAAGGCGCCCUUUCACUACAAUUAUUCAGAGACCCUUUGCUCCAAUCUCUUCUUCCAGCAGCACAAAGGUUCAAUCGUUUCACUUCACUGGACGACAGCUUUGCCUUCGUCGUAGGCUCUCGGUGAUUCCCAAUAAGGCCACUGCUGAUCAAGAAGGCAAGGUUGAAGAAGAUGAGAUUGUUGAUAGCAAAAUCCUGCCUUAUUGUAGCCUAGACAAGAAAGGGAAAAAGUCUUUGGGAGAACUUGAACAAGACUUUCUUCUAGCUCUACAAUCAUUCUAUUAUGAGGGAAAAGCAAUAAUGUCAAAUGAGGAAUUUGAUAAUCUUAAAGAAGAACUUAUGUGGGAAGGCAGCAGUGUUGUUAUGCUAAGCGGUGAUGAGCAAAGGUUUUUGGAGGCUUCAAUGGCUUACGUAUCCGGAAAUCCCAUUAUGAGCGAUGAAGACUAUGAUAAACUGAAAAUAACACUAAAGAGUCAAGGGAGUGAUAUUGUAGUUGAAGGCCCUCGUUGCAGUCUCCGUAGUAAGAAGGUUUACAGUGACCUAUCUGUGGACUAUCUCAAGAUGUUCUUAUUGAAUGUUCCAGCAACUGUUAUUGCUCUAGGAUUGUUUUUCUUCCUAGAUGAUGUAACUGGGUUUGAAAUUACUUAUCUUCUGGAGCUCUCGGAGCCAUACAGUUUCAUUUUUACGUGGUUUGCCGCUGUACCACUCUUAGUAUGGUUAGCUCUGACGCUGACGAAUGCGAUUGUGAAAGACUUUCUGAUCUUAAAGGGCCCUUGCCCCAACUGUGGAACAGAGAAUACUUCCUUCUUUGGAACCAUAUUAUCGAUUUCCAGUGGUGGUACUACCAACACAGUCAAAUGCUCAAACUGUGCAACUGAAAUGGUGUAUGACGCAAACACCCGCUUGAUUACCUUGCCAGAAGGAAGCAAUGCUUGAUUUGCAGGCACAUAAUUCAGAUGCAGAAUAUUUACUAUUCAGUUGCAGGGUAAUACAUUUUACGGGAUCAAAGGCUGUGUCACUGCAGCCAAUGAUGUCACAACACAUGUAUUCAUCGUUCGUGGAGAAGGAAAAUAGUCUUCAUUUUUGUGCAGUUUAGUGACAUCAGAUGUAUGGACUGUGAAUAUUGUACACGUGUAUCUAUGCUUCUUUACAAUAACCAAAAGCCUAUUUGUAAGGUUUAAAGGGUUAAGAAAAGGGAGAAAAAAUUAAAUAAAGAACAUGACUAAGCAGGCUUCUUAA